AACCGUCAUUUUCCUAUGUGUCCUCUGACAUCAGCUACCUUCUCUGUAGCUAGUUUCUCUGCACUCAGAUUAAUCCCUGGCCAUGAAAAAUGAACCUCUCCCCCACUGUUGCUGCUGCCUUUUGCCUCACGCCCCCAGAGAAGGGUUUCUUCAAAAGGCAGCCGUUGAAGAUUUUUUUCCAAGUCACAUGAUCCAGGAUGCAGGGGGAGAAUCCUUUUUGGAACAGAGAUGGGCCUAGAACCGACUCAGAUGAAGAGAGAUAAGGUGUGAUGUGGGGAAGACUAUAUAAAGAAUGGACCCUGGGCUGCAGCAAGCAUUCAACAGCGUGGCCCCUUCUCAAGACGCAGCCAUGCAUGUGCCAGCAGGCUCCAUGGCCAGCCACUUGGGAACCACGAGCCGGAGUUAUUUCUGCUUCACCACAGCCACCCUGGCGUUGUGUCUCAUAUUUGCUGUGGCGACCGUGAUGGUGUUGGUAGUUCAGAGGACGGACUCCACUCCCAACACACCUGUCAACUUAUCCAUUAAAGGAGGAAAUUGCUCAGAGGAUGUCUUAUGUAUCCUGAAAAGGGCUCCAUUCAAGAAGUCAUGGGCCUACCUCCAAGUGUCAAAACAUCUAAACCAAACCAAGUUGUCUUGGAAUUCAGAUGGCAUUAUUGAGGGAGUCAAAUAUAGAGAUGGAAAUCUGGUGAUCCAGUUCCCAGGUUUGUACUUCAUCAUUUGUCAACUGCAAUUUCUUGUGACUCGAUGCCCAGAAACAUCUAUCGACCUGAAGUUGGAGCUUCUCAUCAAUGAGAAGGUCAAAAAACAGGCACUGGUGACGGUGUGUGAGUCUGGAGCACAAACCAAAAAGAUAUUCCAAAAUCUCUCACAAUUCCUGCUGGAGCACCUACAGGUCAACACCACCGUAUCAGUCAAGGUGAAUACAUUCCAGUUUGUGGAUACGGAUACCUUCCCUCUUGAUAAUGUGUUGUCCGUCUUCUUAUACAGUAGUUCAGACUGAACAGUUUUUCCUAGACAUCAGGAAGA